CUUGCGAGGUGGUCGUGGUCGGGGGGCAGUAGAAGCUGAGCCUGUGGCGAGGGGAGGCUACGCAAGUCGCGACGCAACCCCCUCUGCCCGAGCGAGAUUUCAAAAAAGGUCCGUCUCACAGUCCUUCCUUCCCCUCCUCAAAGAGGCUUUUUUUUUAAGCUCGUAUCGCCCUGUGAGUAAAAACCCACCACGCCGUCUCACCUCUCGGCCGGGUUUCUUUAGUCCGGUUUGUGUUGCGCAGCAGCAGCACACGUGUGUGUGUGUGUGCCGCGGUGUUUCUCCCACCCCACCCCCAACUCCAAGCACAUCUAACCCCAGCGUGUGUGCGCUAUAAGAGAAACAAAAGCUUUGAGUGGCAAACAAAGACGACAACUCCGUAGCGGCAGCAGCAGCAGCGCACUUGGAGGAACCCGCGCUCGGUACUUUGUUAAUGUGCGGACGGCGAUGGAGCGGCGAUUUUAGAUACCGGCGACUUGAGAAAGUGGUGGGGGUAAGGGAGAGGAGGCGGAUAUACACGACGUCUUGAGACGCCGACGCUUUAAAACACCACCACCACCACCCAGUUUGCUUCGUGAGCGCCGCCGUGGGGUCGAAGGGUGAGCGAGUCGAGUCCACCAAAGGGUGACGAGAGAGGGAGUCCCCUGCGAUAGAAGCUCGCCGACUCCGGCGAGAGAUCUCCGGGAGGAAGGAGGAGGAGGAGGAGAGGACCUGGGGAAGGAGUCGUUCCUCUGCUGCGGCUACCGACAGAGCAUGCACUGCUCCAGUGCCAGAGUGCUGCAAGUCCUGCCUCCAUCCCACCUGCACACCUCGUCGCCCUUCAUCAUGCCCAUGUGCGAUGUCGCCAUGACCCUGUACUUUGCCCCGUCGCCUCCUCUGCGCGGAUUUCUGCCGGCGUCCUUCCAGGCAGAAUCCAACGGCUUCCAGUCGCGGGCCGCGUUUCGCUGGAAAAAUGCGCGCAAGCCCCUGCGCUCCUGCAUCAGCAGCGCCUCCUCCAUCGCCACCGCCGCCACUGCUGCCGCGGACGCGAGCAUGAAGAAGAAGCGCGUGGUGUUUGCCGACGCCCGUGGGCUGGCGCUGGCCAGCGUGCGUCUUUUCUCGGAACUGGAGGACCCUUGUCCUGAGCUGCUCCAGUUCGAGCUGAGUGAACUGCACCUCGAGGAGGUGGUGUCCAAACUGGCGCCAGAAAUCAAAAGGAACGGCAUGGGCGGUGCAAGCGGGAGGCUGGUGCUGGACUUUGCACAGCCAUCGGCCGACUACCUGGACUUCCGCAGGCGCCUCAACGGCAACAUGGUGAGCCUGGAGAACUGCCUGCUGAACGAGCGCGUCCUCUCGGGCACCAUCAAGGUGAAGAACCUGGGCUUCGAGAAGACGGUCGUCCUGCGCAUCACCUUCGACACAUGGAAGAGCAGCACGAACGUGGAGUGCUGCUUCCUGCACGACGCGUACGGAGGCUCGGACACGGACACGUUCUCGUUCCAGGUGGAGACGCCGUGCCACGUGUCACCCCACGAGCGCGUCGAGUUCUGCAUCAGAUACACGUGUUCGGGGACCGAACACUGGGACAACAACGGCGGCAGCAACUACCGGCUGGCGCACGUCUCCUCCGCCUCGUCGUGGAAGGCGGCGGGGGGGUUUGACAAGGGCCAGGAUCAUCGGCAGGAGGAGGCGGAGCGAGCAAACGCCACCGUGGGGAGGCUGAGCCGAUACGAGAAACGCCCGGAGGUGGAGUGCGACCUAUACGGGAGCCCUCGCAUCGCGCAGGGAUUGUUCCCCGAGUGGCAGAGCUGGAACGGGUUCAAGAAUCAAAACCCAUAUUAUUAGUGGAAUGUUUUAAUUAAAAGUUGUCGGCAUGUGCUGAUUGAGCAUCGAGGGCGGAGGAGGCUUUUCAAACGUGCGUCACGACUCCGGGGCACCGUGCCACUAGCGUGAAUGAACCCUAAUCGUUGGGUGUGUAUGCGCAGGCUGCCUGUGCGCUUUGUAAUUCCCCAGCUGCACGGUGUGUCCCAGGCCUGCUUUGAGCACCCACGCAAAGCGUGCGUUUUUGACGUGCCACUUAAAGCAGCUGCAGACAUUGUGGUUGCUUCAGAUUAUAAUGCAUUGGAAUCUAGCGAUUUUAAUAACUAUGUAAUGAAAAUGAAGUCACAAUCAUGCACAGAGCACCGAGUGUUGGGCUUUUCAAAAGGCUCACUACGUUUUUUACGUUUAAAUAUUGAUGAACUCGAGCCAUAAGGUCAUUGCGUCGCAUUUUGAAGAGUGCAUCAUGGAAUGGUUAAUUAUUUUCUCAAUAUUUUUUCCACAAUGAAUUGCUAUGAGAGUCGCUUUCUCUAUUGGAAGUUUCAAGAAAACUGAUGGUAUCUCCCAGGACUGUUCAUUAGAAUGUGAUUGGGUAAAAAGUGGACGUUGGACAUUGCUGCUUGCUCCAAAUGGUUAAGGUGCUUAUACACCAAGCCUUUUGCCCAUGUGACAUCUGGAGCAUGCAUUGUGUCUCAGUUAUUAACCAGAGGCCCCACACUGCUUGCUAUUCCAUGCAUACCAAGAGGUCUUUUAAUACACAUUAUGUGGAUUAUCUGUUUUUACUUCUUGUUCAUUGUCUAAUGACCAAUCCUUUGCAGACAUUUGAGAGGAUUGUUUUAAAAUAAGAUUGUCCUCAAUGAAAAGUCUGUACGCGGUUGUAAAAUAUGACCUUGCAGCUCUCUCCAUCGCACCCCCCCCCCCCAUGUCUUCGGUGCGCAAGCCUCUGCUCCUCAGCCACCCAUUUCAAGCAGCGUCGCGUGUCCGAAUGAUUCCUCUUGCGAGAGGGUUUGUUUAGCGGCCACUUGCGGUACAGUUGAGCGCAAAUGACUGACUUGGCAUGCCACUUAUACUGUGGAUGUUACUGUGUAAAUGUUAUUCCAGCCUCGGAACUGUUAAGAGCCGUUCAUGUUUGUGGCUGUCCCCCCCGCCGCCCGUCGGAAACGAAGGAGACCGUGCAAAGCAAAACCGGUUGAGCAGAUACACAAACUACCUAAACACGCCGUGCAUAACCCGACUGAGUUCUCAAACACAAGCGUGUUCAAUAACGUGCCGUGCGUCAAUAAUGAAUUACCAAACAAAGUGUGUUAAUUAUACAUUCGCCUAUUGUUUCAGAAUUGCCUUGUGUCUGGUAAUGUUUGAAAAAACAAAGAACUUCCGAUGAAGGGUGUUAGUGUUACGGAGUUAAUGUUAUUUAUGUCGUGAUAGCAACUGUAAAUAAGCCAUCCGGAUGGAACUGAAAAGGACUCUACAAGUCUCAGAGCAUGUGUAUAGAAACUUUUAAGUACAAGUACAUAACGAGCAGCUACCAGAUUAAGCCUAGCAGUGCCUUUUUAGAAAGAUAAAAGUUGCUAGCUUGAGCAACAUGAUUUUGCUACUGUAUUGUACAUAAUGCUCUUGGACAACUCCAAUUAGCAGGGUUGGCUACGUACGGUGCGAAAGAAGUUCAACAUACAUUGGUAAAUGCAGUAGGAAGCUUCCUUAAAUUUGCAUGAAGCGUUUGCACACUACUGUAUACUAAUCGGGCUAUUUCGCAAGUGAAUUGCUUGGUUAGUUUUGUUGUGGAGCAGGAUAUUCGGGACUUUAAAACAGGUCGUUGCAUGUAUGAGGGCAUAAUGUACAGGAAUGUCAUGUUUCCUUCAUAUUGAAGGACCCCACUCAUUUUCAUGAGUGUGGUGUGCACUACACGUCACGUAAUAAUAACUCGGUUUUAAUGAGUGUAUUCACAUACAGGAGAUGCAAGCGCAAAAGGAGGGUUUCAUAUUGCUGCGUUUAUAGGAACGAUGUUUUACUUUUUUAAUUCUCAAAAUAUAUUUGAUUUCUCAUCAGCAGAGUGCUUUGCAAUCUUUAUAAACAUUUUAGGAUUGGUUUGCUCUCCUGUAUUAACUUGAUGGUGUCUUGUGCUUGAAAAUUAUUCAGCAAUAUCGAUAUUGAAUCACCAGUUGAUGGUACGGGUGUGUGUGUGUGGUUUUGUUUUAGCUACUGCCAAAACAACCACCCUGGGAUUAUUUGGGAGUUGGCACAGUAUUGUAUAGGAUAUGUAAGGGAAUGUUAGCAGUGGGGCAGUGACAUUUGGCCUAAGAAUUGUGUUGUCGCAAGACCUAAUGUCCGUAACCUUAGCGAAAUAAGCUUGAGAGGGGAAAAAAGCAGUGGUACUGCGUAGGCUUUAGAAAAUUAUAUAAAUAUGCUUUUUUUAUUAAGUGCAACAAAACGGUGGUGCAAUUGAAAUGUAAUGCUCUAUGGCGAAACUAAACUUGACGUAGUUUUAGAAGUUAUCACACUGGCUUUUCCAGUUAAAUUGGGUAUUACAUGCUUUUAUAAGUUGGCAUUGGUCACAAAAGCGAAGCUGGUAUAACAGAACUGACUGGCGUUUGAAAUAAAUUAUGUUUAUCAAGCGCAGAGCCAAGUGAAGGUCCACCGAGUAAGUGCACAUGCCAGAGAAAUCUGCAAUAUUUCCUUUCUCGUGUUCUCUUGUGUAAUCUAGAUUUCAACUCAACUAUUUAAAGCCUAACAAAUGGGUGUUAAGUAAAUUUAGUGCUGCGGAGCGCAUUGGUAAAUGGAUACUUGGCUCUCGCAGUCCGUUUGGCGUGUGCGCCUUACUUGAUGCCAAAAGUGGAAACUCAUGUCGGUGUCGGGUUUGCAUCAUUUCGUAUUUGAACACCCACUGCAACACCAGUGCAGAUUAAGGUAAUUUUGUACGGGGUGGGGUGGGGGGGCUCUUAUAAUGCUUUACCGGAUCUCAAUUCUAACCUGAGACUUUAAAAGUUGGCUCCAUGAAAUCGUGCCUAUCACCCUGUGCCUUUUGGGUAGUCCCAUCUUACAUAGGCUGCCAUAUUACAGAAACCCAGAAAGUAAUGUGUGGUUAUUGGCUAUUGUACUAUACAACCACCUCUCAAAUUUGUGCGUAACUUAUAGGUUUUCAUGAGUUGUCAUUUUUGCCAUCCUGUACCAGAUUUUUUUUUAUGUUUAACUGUGAAACUAGAGGGAUGUAAUGACUGUACACUGUGCAAUAGGUUACUGAUUGAGACUUUUAUAUUCACAAAAAGGAUACUUCUGUUUGAAUGUUUGUUUUUGGUUUAGCUUUCACAAUAGGGUUUUCUGUGGCUGUGUUUACGUUUAAUGGUUUGUUGUACAGUGAUUUAAAUAAAGGAAGGUGAUGUUA